UAAAGCCGGAGGUCAGGCCGACGUCCCCGGCAGCUGUGACCCCCGGUCCUGCCAUCGUCCGUCUGGGUCUUAGCGCGCCGUCCCCACCCUGCCCAUCUGGAGUCACCUCCUCGGCUCCCAGCAUCGCUUGCCGCCCUCCUCACCCGUGGUGGCUCUGCCUUGCCUGCGUCUGGACUCGCAGGGGGUUUAUCUCCUGGUCAGACAUAAGCCUCUGAAGGGUAGGGAAUUGCCCCUUAUCGCUCUUUGCCCAUCCUCCUGAAGCCCAGCACUGUGUUUUUGUGAACAAAUAAACCUUUGCAUUUUGAACAGCAUAGCGGUCUGGUCUCAGAGCCAGAAUAUGAGCCGUCAGGUCAUCUUACCAGAACCGGGAGAUGGUUCGGAAGACAGCAGCCAGCAGCCCCGUGGCCGAGGCGCGGCUCAGAGUUUCUAUGAGUCUUUGGAGGACGGGGAGGGGGUCCCCUGUGGAGGAGCUGGGCUGGAACUUCCCGGAAGGAUCUGGACCGAUAGGCAGGGCGGGUGGGUGAAGAGGAAGGCUCUUCAAGGGGGAAAGACUUGGGGGCAGCCAGGGAGAUGCAGCGGGUAGCGAUGUUGGCCUCUGGAGGGCUUCUGUCGGGGGGCAGGGAGGAGUGCUGGGGGUGCCCAGCAGUGCGGGAUGGACCCCUCAGAUGCUUUCCAGGGAGCGACUGACAACGUGGAUCGAAUCCGCGAUGCGGGAGGGGGCUGCUUAGCACCUGGAAAGCUGCCUGGAGGGUCUCGCACGGCCCUCUGCCCAGAGGCCCCCGACGGGAGUGUGUUUGCACAGAUCUGGUGGGGGCGAGGGGGUCGAGCCCCCAAGCGAUUCAUCUUGUUAGGGGAAGGCUUACCCUUCCUCAGGGUGAUUCAGCCUCAGGGAUCACUUUAGCCCCAUUGUGUGAUGGUCAUGUGGAGCGUGAGAAGCAUAUGUGCUUUUCGCUCCCCACGUGCGCCGAGAAGCUGGUGCUGGGCCUCACGCACAUGCACGCACACACGUGGGAUGGGAAGCUGGUGUUGGGCCUCGCACGCACGCACAUGCACGCACACACGUGGGAUGGGAAGCUGGUGUUGGGCCUCGCACGCACGCACAUGCAUGCACACACGUGGGAUGGGAAGCUGGUGCUGGGCCUCACGCACAUGCACGCACAUGGGACGGGAAGCUAGUGUUGGGCCUCGCACUCACGCACAUGCACGCACACACGUGGGAUGGGAAGCUGGUGCUGGACUUCACACACGUGUGUACAUGUGGGAUGGAAAGCUGGUGCUGGGCCUCACGCACAUGCACGCACACACAUGGAACGGGAAGCUGGUGCUGGGCCUCACGCACGCACAUGCACGCACACACGUGGGGCGGGAAGCUGGUGCUGGGCCUCACGCACGCACAUGCACGCACACACGUGGGGCGGGAAGCUGGUGCUGGGCCUUGUACAUGCGCGUGGGUGCACACACAUGGGAUGGGAAGCUGGUGCUGGGCCUUGCACGCGCGCAUGCAUGCACACACAUGGGACAGGAAGCUGGCGCUGGGCCUUGUACACGCGUGUGGGUGCACACACAUGGGACGGGAAGCUGGUGCUGGGCCUUGUACAUGCGCGUGGGCGUGCACACAUGGGAUGGGAAGCUGGUGCUGGGCCUUGCACGCGCGCAUGCAUGCACACACAUGGGACAGGAAGCUGGCGCUGGGCCUUGUACACGCGUGUGGGUGCACACACAUGGGACGGGAAGCUGGUGCUGGGCCUUGUACAUGCGCGUGGGCGUGCACACAUGGGAUGGGAAGCUGGUGCUGGGCCUUGCACGCGCGCAUGCAUGCACACACAUGGGACAGGAAGCUGGCGCUGGGCCUUGUACACGCGUGUGGGUGCACACACAUGGGAUGGGAAGCUGGUGCUGGGCCUUGCACGCGCGCGUACACAUGUGACAGGAAGCUGGUGCUGGGCCUCACGCGCGUGUACACAUGGGACAGGAAGCUGGCGCUGGGCCUUGCACACGCGCGUGGGCACACACACACACCCCCGCCCUC